GUGGCGUAGAAUCGCUUUGCAUGGCGGCAUGUGGUUGUUGAUGUUGUGAAUGCGACCUGAAAUAAUAGAAUAUUUGAAGAAAAAAUAUAAUAAUAAAAUAUUAUAAUCUUAGUGAUUUUUAUUGAAAGGUGUUGAUUUAUAAUAUAAAUGCAGAAAUGUUACGAAUUCAUCAGCAAGUUAUUGGUCUCUUACAAACAAAUUACUUCAAUGCUUUUCAUAUUCAAACAAGAAAUACAGUUAUUUUGAAGAGAAAAUUUCCAAUGAGAUUGUUAAAAAUAGGAGGUCCACCCAAAAGAGUAAAAAAUAGAGAACGUAUUUAUGAAGUGAUACAAAGUACUAGUUGUGAAAAGAAACCAGAUAUGAAAGUAAUUUUGACUACUUUUGUUGAAGGUUAUGGAAAUAGGGGAGACAUCAUUUCAGUACGACCAUAUAUAGGCAGAAUAAAGUUAAUACUCCCAAGACUUGCUACAUAUGCAUCUGAAGAAAACAUUGCUAUGUUUGAAGAGGAAAGAAAGGCUGGUCUACUUCCUCCAUCUAUACCAUGCUCACGCUACAUGUCUGAGAAUCAGAAGUAUUUGUCUACACAUAUUUUUCCUGUGGAGAUGAACAUGGAAGAACCUUGGACAAUUGAACCUUGGCAUAUAAGAAUUUCUUUUCGAAAAAUGGGAUUUGUUGUUCCUGAACAUACAAUCGAGCUACCAAAGACAGCCAUUACAGGGCCUGAUUCAGAAAAGGAAAAUAAAGAAUUUGCUGUAUAUGUUACGAUUAAUGGGAUGAGAAGAUUUCCAGUUCGGUGUCGCAUCCGACACUGGAGUGCCAACCCAAAACUGAUGACCGAAAUUACACCUGAAUGGUACACAGAACCUGGUAUUCCGCUGUUGAAAGAACAAGAACAACUUUUAUCCAGUAUGGGUCCUCCAGAACCGCAUGAAUUAUAAAUUAGGUUAUGUAGUAAAAUUAUUUGUAUAAACUUUUAUUAAUAAAGAUUAAAACAGAGAAUGCCAGUGAAAAAUUUGCAAUAUUAAUUCUUGUAUAUGAAG